AUGACGGCUUUUCCCCUUGCUCCACGGCUUGCUAGAGCACUGUGCUCUGCUGCGCAUCUCAAUUGUCUAAUUGAGGCCAUAAUUGUAAUCAGCAUGCUCUACGUCGCUCCUGUCUUCUACGUGCCGCAGGAGAGUAGGGAGGAGUUCAACGAGAUCAGCACCCGAUUUCGGCACCUUGACGGUGAUCUUGCCAGUCUAGUUCUUGUAUACAGAGCCUAUGUUAAGGCCGCAGAGACGUCGAACAACAUUGAUGGUGGACCUACAGUAGCAAUAGCAGCCUCCACAAGGCUUGCCAGACGGAAUCGAUGGUGUCGCGAGAACUUUAUAAACCAAGCACGUAUGCGUACCGCAGUGAAGGUCCGAAUCCAGCUCCGCGACCUGGUUAAAUCUUCGGGACUGGGACGUCUUCACUCCUGUGGUUCAGAUGACUUUUCUCCCCUCACAAAGGCUUUCUUUGAGGUGGCUUUUCGGGAUCAGGUUGCCACACUCGCCACAAACCGCACCGACAGUUCAACCAAUCGUGUACGGGAGAGCUUUCCUUAUUACAAGCGCCUAGAGGAUACGGAUCCUUCAUCUCCUUUGCUUUGUAUCCAUCCAGAUUCAAGCAUAUAUCCCUUAGCAAUUGUCGCACGAUGUCCGCCUCCAGCGGUGCUUUUCCUUGAGGCUGUGGACUCUAGUUCUGUGCCCUUCAGUGACACUCACCAACGAGUUAUGAUGCGACACGUCUGCAGGAUACCCUCGUCAUGGCUUGGGGACGAAAAUAUGGAGGCAGUGGAAGCAAUAAAGGCAGAUGUCGAAGAGUCCAGAUUGUCAGCAUCGACGCAAGAGUCGGAUGAGAUCGCUGCUACUAGCAACGUGAUUAGUCUUUCAGAACAUGUCGUUAAUGUUGAGAAUGCUUGGUCUGAAAUUGGUUAUUGUCCGUCGAAGCACAUCGAAUUACAAGAGUCUCUGAUGAAUAAUGUGACCAAGAUUCUAACGGACGAGCUAUCUUCCGCUGAAAGUGAGAAGGCCGAAAUACUGUGCAAAAUAGACCAAAUGCGGGUCGAAAUCGCUGAGAUUGAAAAAGAGCUUCAGAUUCCUCGUAAGCAAAUCUCUUCGCAGUCGUUGCUAUCGAUUCUGGACGAGUUAACUGGCUAUCGUUCAGAACUUGACAGGAAGAUAGCUGAAUUAAAUGCAGAGUUCAAGAAACUAAAAUCAAAUGAGGAAAAUUUGUGUCAGCUGUUGCAUGUUGCCACGUUAAAGGGGUUUCCUUUGAUCCCAUCGUAUAAUGACAAAUUGCGAGUUCAGCAUCACAUUGAUGAACUCCAAGAUGUAAAACGACAUCGUGUUGAUAAACUUGCAAAGAUGAGACAGCGUAUCCUUUCUUGCAUCGAUUAUCUGAAAUCGGAUUGUAAUCUGACGUUACCAGAGCCUAUCAGUGGAAUAGUAACCAUGAAUGUAGAACCCCUGGAUCUUUCGGAGGCAUUCCUGGAAGAAAUGGACAGAACUCAGGAUCUGUACAUGGACUUAUUUCACAAAUUCAAAUCAGAAGAAGACGAACUCUUCGAGAAUAUUGAUUCCCUUCGCAAACGCUUGGGUUUGCCUCCAUUCACCCUUCCCAAAGAACAUUCCAAAUGUCCAUCACGACGCAUAAACUAUGGGUCUGAAGAGCUAUCCCGCCUUCGUGAACUUAGGCUGGCUAACUUGCGCCAUUUGAUGGAAGCCUCUGUGCUUGAACUGGAAGGUAUCUGGGCGGAUGCUUUGGUCAGUACAGAUUAUCGACAGAACUUUCGUGAUUCCAUGCCUAUGGAUUGCACUGAGGAGAAUCUCUCUCGGCUAGAGGAAGAAGUGCACAGGUGGAGGCGCUUCAAGUCCUCUCAUCAAGACUUUUACGACGCCCUGAUGGUUUGGCUAGACACCUUGAGGCAGAUAAAAGCCAUCGAAUUGAAGCGGCAAGACCCGACGGUGCUGAAGAACCGAGGUGGAAUUCUUCUGAAAUUAGACAAAGAGGACCGUAAACUGCGAACGCGCGAUUUACCCAAUCAGACAGCCCACUUAGAAUCUAUAAUUGCCAACGAAUGCGUAGGCUCUGAUAUUGAUCAGUUCUCGCUUGUUUGCUUUGAAGGACAACCGUUGACCGGACAGAAGAACUCACUCACCCUAAUAAUCGAUAAGAAUCUAGAGCCUUCAGGAAACGUGGCCACCGGUCCCACAUCGACGGCAAGCAAAACCACAAAGAGCGGCUUCGUCUAUGCG